AGCAGGAGGAGGAGGAAGUGUGAUCAGUCGAUGUCUGACCUGCCGCUGCUCUGCUCCCCGCUGAAAACACGAUGCUGUCCGGGCGUUAUGUGAUCCAGGAACUUCUGUGAGCGGCAUUAAAAGGUCUAUAAGAGAUAAAGGACAACAUGAAGACAUUUAUUUGGUAGAAUACUGCAGCAAACAGGAGCCUCAUCUCCACAUCUAGAGGGGAAGGUUUUACUGAUUUCCAGACCUUAGCCGUUCCACUUUCCAGGAUGGAAUCCAAGAAACGGAGCAAGAUGGACAUUUUCCGGAACAAAGUUCUGCCACGUCUCCACCUGGGCAAGACUCACUUACCCAAGCGUAGCCACAAACCCAAUCACCUUAUGGACAGCCGCAUGAGCACAUCCGUCCCAGAUAUCAGCAACAUGAGGCAGGAGCCUGUGGCCUCCAGCAUGCAGGCCCAUCUUCAGAACUCUGCAAGCCACAGCACUCUGUCCUCACUGUCUCCUCGUAGGGAGGGAGGUGGGAGUGGCCUGCAGGUACCUGGAGCAGGAGCUAAAAAGGCCGAACACAGACGGAGCAUGCCUGCAGAAUGCACAGAGUGGGCUUUCUCUGAGGAGUCUGUCAAUGGUUUCUGUGGAGAGGAGAGGAUCUUAAUGGAGGCAAAACAAAAAGCAGUUUUAGGUAUAGAGCCUGAGGAGCUGGCUCUGCCAGAGAUGAUGACUGUCUACAGCCCAGACAUCCCUAAGGAAGAGCUUUCCCCCGACAAUUCACAGGGUGAGAUGGGAAACGAGGCUGAAAAUCAGACGGAAAAUGUCCAAGAUGUUCCGAAGUCCUACUUGCUCACAAUCAACCUUAAGGAAGGACACAACCUGGUUAUCCGGGACCGCUGCGGUACCAGCGACCCUUAUGUGAAGUUUAAGUUUGACGGAAAGAGCAUCUAUAAAAGCAAAGUUGUUCAUAAAAACCUCAACCCUACAUGGAAUGAGAGCUUCUCUGUGCCGCUGAAGGAUCUGAAUCAGAAGAUGUACAUCAAGGUGUACGACAGUGAUCUGACUACCGACGACUUUAUGGGCUCUGCCUCUGUUCUCCUUAGUGAUUUAGAGAUCGACAAGGUCAAUGAGCUCUCUCUCUCGCUGAAUGAUCCAAACACCCUGGAGGAAGACAUGGGCUACCUGCUGGUAGACAUGACGCUGUCUCUCAGAAACGGAAGCUCCAAGAAAGGAAUUAAGUGGCCCCGAAAACGAAGUGCUAGGGGAGGGAGUUCCCAGAACUCUAGGUUGUCUGAUUCACUGAAGAAGAGCCAGCUUUGGACGUCCGUUUUGUCGGUGAUACUGGUUGAAGGUCGGGGGCUGCUUCUGGACAGCCAGACUGGUCAUCUGUUUGUUCGCUUCAAACUGGGAGAGCAGCAGUUUAAAAGCAAGAAUCACUGCAAAGUGGCCAAUCCUCAGUGGAGAGAAAGAUUCACCAUGAAGCAUUUCCUGAAUGCUGCACAGAUCCUGGAGGUGGAGCUGUGGUCCAAAGAAUCCCGCAGGAAUGAGGAGCGCUUGGCGACGUGUGAGGUGGACCUGUCCCAGAUGCCUUUCAAUAUGCAGCAGUGUUUCACACCCAACCUGAGCUCCAGCAGAGGAUCCUUGGUCUUCCUGGUCACACUAAACGCCUGCAGCGGCGUUUCCAUCUCUGACAUCAACGCCGCGCCGCUUGAUGAACCUCUCGAACGACAGAACCAGCUGGAGAAUUAUUGUUUAAAAAGAUCUCUAAAGAACCUCAGGGAUGUCGGUUUGCUUCAAGUCAAAGUCAUCAAGGCUUCAGACCUGAUUGCUGCAGAUUUGAACGGGAAAAGCGACCCAUUCUGCGUGUUGGAGCUGGGCAAUGACAGACUGCAGACCUACACAGUCUAUAAGAACCUCAAUCCAGAGUGGAACCAAGUCUUCACUCUGCCUGUCAAAGACAUCCAUGACGUUCUCAUGGUGUCCGUCUUUGAUGACGACGGUGACAAGCCGCCAGACUUUCUGGGAAAAGUUGCCAUUCCACUGCUUUCGAUCCAAAGGAGACAUCAGUUUGCCUACCCGCUGAAGAAGGAGGACUUGGGCAGACUGUCAAAGGGGUCCAUUACUCUAGAGCUGGAGGUUAUUUUUAACCCUAUCAAAGCAAGUAUAAGAACCUUCCAGCCUAAAGAGAGAGGAUACAUGGAGGAUAAUCUGAAAUUUUCCAAAAAGGCUCUGGCCAGGAAUGUGGCGCGUGUACGAGCGAUUUACGCGGCUAUCACGUCUACUCUGCAGUACAUCAAAAGCUGCUUCCAGUGGGAGAGUGUUCAGAGGAGCCUGCUGGCCUUCCUGAUUUUUCUGCUCACGGUGUGGUACUGGGAUUUCUACAUGCUGCCCUUCUUCCUGGUUCUGCUCAUCACAUGGAACUACUUCCAGGUCCGCUCUGGACGAGUCAGUCAAGACGUGGACAACAUGGAUUUGGCGGAUGAGGAAGAGGAUGAUGAAAAGGAGUCGGAGAGAAAAGGCCUGAUAGAUAAAAUCCACAUGGUCCAAGACAUUAUCAUCACCGUCCAGAACCUGCUGGAUGAGAUCGCCUGCCUCGGAGAGAGGAUUAAAAACACAUUUAACUGGUCGGUGCCAUUCCUGUCUGCCUUGGCGCUUGUGGUCUUUAUCAUCGCUGCAGUCGUCACAUACUUCAUCCCCAUUCGCUACGUGGUCCUAAUAUGGGGUAUCAAUAAAUUCACCAAGAAGUUACGGAACCCGUACUGCAUCGACAACAAUGAGGUGCUUGAUUUCCUGUCGAGGGUGCCUUCAGAUGUGCAGAAGGUUCAGUACAGCGAGGGCAAAAGUAGCCGGAAGAAGAAGAUCCAGUAGAAAAGGUUGCCGAUGGAGGAUUGUUUCUCACGCUGGUUCCUGACGCGGCUGUUUUAAAUGAACCCACCCUGUAGAGGAUGGCGUGUCUGUCUGAGGAAGGGGCUGACCUUCGUAUCGGCUGCGGGAUGUUCAGUAUGUACGGCUCUCCAGGCGCGGAUCGGCCGGCGCUUCUCAACCAAAAAGGACCUCGCCGAGCGCUCGGCAGAAUCAUCUCAGUCUCUGAAUGUUUCUGUUUGUUUAUUGCUGGAGCAGCUUAUAGUAGUAUUUAUCGUGAAUUUAGGUGUACUAUUGUAUGUACAGUAAGGUUUACUUUAGAGAAAAAAAAAUGAUCAGUUGGAAGCUGCUGUAAGUUUUAUUGUUGGAACCUAAUGACACUUUUAUGGAUGGAUUAUUUUCCCAUCUGAAAAAGAAACGAUGCAAUUUCCGGGAUGAAUGUGAAUGUUUGUGUUUUAGAAAGAAAUAAGUCAUUUUAUAAAUCAAAGCUUUUAUAUAGAAGCUGAUAUGCAUUAAGUUUCUGAACUUCAUUUAUUAUAUAUGUAUUCACUAAGUUUAUUUAAUUGUGUUAAUACGACUCUUUUACACACAAAGAUAAGUGCCUGGAUUUAGUUUUAAGUUUUGUACCCCUUAGAAUCCCUAUCUUUUUUAUUCUUUUAUUCUGUGGGCUUUCCUGUAAGACCUUAUUUAUUAAUGACUACUAUAUAGAAAAUGUGUCCUAUGGCCCUUGCAGCAAUAAAUGCAUGCAUCAAAUC